AUGUCCUGGGCAUCUUUCUAUAUUGUCGAAGUUAUGUCAAGUGCAAAGUUUUUACAUAAAAGGACAGGUUAUUUGGCAGCAACUGUCUCUUUUCAACAAGAUACAGAUGUUUUGAUGCUGACAACUAACCUCAUUAAGAAGGACCUCGCUUCUCCAAAUAUUGUCGAUAUCAGUAUUGCACUCAACGGUUUAUCGCAUAUAGUUACUCCUGAUUUAGCAAGAGAUGUUUCACCUGAUUUAGUUAGCAUGCUGAAUCAUUCUCGACCUUAUAUUCGUAAAAAGAUUGUUCUUGUAUUGUACAAAAUCUUUUUAAAAUACCCAGAAGCGUUGAGAUUAAGUUUUCCGCGUUUGAAAGAAAAGCUAGAGGACCCUGAUCCAUCGGUCAUUUCUGCUGUUGUUAGUGUCAUUUGCGAAUUGGCUCGUAAAAACCCUAAAAAUUACUUAUCACUAGCACCGCAUUUGUUCAAACUACUGACAACAUCAUCCAACAACUGGAUGUUAAUUAAGAUCAUCAAACUGUUUGCUUCUUUGACACCGUUAGAACCAAGGCUCAUUAAAAAAUUAUUACCACCAUUAACUACCUUAAUUCAAACUACACCGGCCAUGUCCCUGUUAUAUGAGUGUAUAUACACAGUAAUUACCGGUGGUUUUUUGGAGGCAGCUGGUGCUGAGAAUGGACAUGCUUUAGCUAAAACAUGUACAACGAAGUUACGAAAAUUCUUGGAGGAUCCAGAUCAAAACUUGAAAUAUGUUGGACUUUUGGCGAUGGGUAAAUUGCUACUCACUCACCCCAAACUAGUCGGCGAACAUAAGGAUAUCAUUUUAGAAUGCAUUGAUGACGAAGAUAUUAGCAUCCGUUUACGUGCUUUAGAUCUGGUGGUUGGCAUGGUCAACCGUAAAAACUUGCAAGAUAUUGUAAAGCGUCUCAUGAAUCAUAUUUUACCGCCCACUCAAUCUCAUCAUACUGAGCAACUUAACCUGCAUGAUCCUGAUGCUACAACAGACGCUUAUUUUUUCGACCCCGCCUAUCGUACAGACAUUAUCCAUCGUAUCAUAUUUAUGUGUUCGCAAAACCACUAUCAACAUCUUAUUGAUUUCGAAUGGUAUUUGGAUAUUUUAAUGCGCUUAACCUACGAAACGGAUUCGGUAGGAGAAGUAAUUACGCAACAAUUUAUGGAUGUUUCCGUUCGUGUAAAAUCAGUUCGCGAAUAUGCUGUUCAACUGAUGAGCCAAUUACUACGAAACACACAGUUUCUGGAAAAGCAAGCAAAGAAGCGAAAUAGUAAUUUACCUCAUGUCUUAUCCGCUGCCGCGUGGAUUUGCGGUGAAUACUGCCAUUAUUUGCAGGACAUUCCUACUACUUUGGAAUGCUUAUUCUAUGAUCAAAGUCGUAAACAGCAGCAACACAGAGAAAAUAACCAUACCUCUAUAUCAGCAACGCCAUCAUCAUUGUUGCCCAGUCAUGUUCAAAUAAUCUAUGUCCAAAGUAUUAUCAAAAUAUAUGCUUACUGGAGCUCACAAUUGGUUGAGCAAUGGCAUGAAGAGUUAGAAAAAGAAUUCGUCAAAGUAACACAGAAGAUGGUUGGUAAAAUGGAUGGAUUUUUGAAUAGAGGAGAAAAUCUGGAAGUGCAGGAAAGAGCGUCAAAUGUGAAAGAGAUAUUCCUGUUGGUGUUAGAGGCAGUACAGACAAAGAAGGAUGAGCAGGUGUUAAAUCAAACUGAGACGCAUGAACCACCUACAUUAUUACUUGGAUUGUCGGAUCUAUUUUUUAUGUAUGAGCUAAAUCCUGUUGCUCCCAAAGCCCAAUCAAAGGUACCCAUACCCCAGGAUUUGGAUUUGGACAGUCGCAUUAAUGAGCCCUUACCGGAUUUGAUCGAUGAUCUAUUUGAUGAAUCCUCGGAUGAACAAGUUGAAGAUGGAUUUAAGCAUAAGCGUUCUACUUCAAAAAAGUAUAAAACAAGAAGCGGCCGUAAGCAGGAUUCUGAUGAAGCUGAAGAGGAAAAAGAACGACGCCGCGCAGCCAGAAGAGAAGCUCGUAAAAACGAUCCUUACUACAUCCACGACGAUGCGUCUUCUCGGAAAUCUAAAUCCAAGUUGGAUGACAGUGACAUUGAAUCCAUUCCCAUUGUUGAGCUGCAUUUAGAUGAGGCACCUAUCAAGGUCCACAGAAAAUCCAAAUCGAAAAAGUUGGUUAAGAAGCCAGUUUAUGCGGAAGAAGAAAUGCCGGAAGACGCCACAUUAUCUGAUAAUACUGAAGAACCAACAAAAGCGAAAACGAAGAAAACAUCCAGUACUAGAGCCUCUGCACAAAGCAGCAAUACUUCUUCUUCUUCGAUGCCUUCUCUAUAUACCAAACGAAAUGCUAAAUAUAUCUUCGAUACAAAUGAGGUUGAAGAACUCAACAGCGUUGAUUUAUCUACCCCCUUAGGAGAAGAUGAACGCUUUGAGCAACCUAAAGUGUAUUCCAGUCCAGAAGAGGUACGUAUGAAAGAAGAGGCAAGAUACAGAAAGGAAAUGCAAAAGAGAAUGUACGAGAGGAAACAAUUGAAAGAAGAGCAGAAACUAGCGUUAUCGUCGACUAAGAAACCCAAGAAAAAGAAAUCAAGCACGAAGGGCAAAGAUGUGGAUGUGCCGGACUCAAACAGUGAAAAGAAAACGUCAGCAAGAAAAAUAAAAAAGAAGAGAUCUUCCACAGCUACAGCAGCAGCCACACAACAGCAAAAUGAAAAAAGAGAAGAGGAAGCCUUAGCCGAAGUAGAGCUUGGCAACAACGAACUCAUAGAAGAACCACAGCCUCCACAACACCACAACCAACCAUUGACGAAUAUAUUUGAGAAUGACGACAUCGAAAUGUCUGUAAGAUUAAAUUUAACAAAUAAUAAGAUAAUGACACCCGAGCAAAAUACGGUCUCGAUAUAUUAUACGAUUCGAAACAAACUGGACGAAAGGAUGCUGCCAAAAGUUUAUAUUGAAAUUAUCGAUAAUGAGACUGCUAAACUUAUUGAUCACCAUGAACAACAUAAUGAUAUUGCUUCAAUAAGAGAACGUUUCGAGUUGCAAGCUAAAGAAGCUGUCGAAUGUGUUGGGGAUUUUGAAGUCCCUCAGGUGCAGAAGGGUAUUACGGUGAGAGGAGACUUAUUCUAUGAUGUGGAGGAUUCUUCAGCAAUUCAUCAGCAUUCAUUUGAAAUACCUAUACCUGUCACUCUCUUCUUCAUAACACCGUCGGCAUACUCAAAUGGAACCGAAGCGAUGGAUCCUACAGCAUUUGCUACCUUACUCUCUGAGUACGGUUACGAAUUUGAGUAUCAUGAACAUAUUGAUAUACCAGUUCCCAACCCUUUGGCUCUACAAGAGGCGUUUGAGCAAGUGACGAGAGCCAGCGGAUUAUUGAUUGUAGAGGUUGUGGCCGGCGCAGCAUCUUUGUAUGGUAAAACAGCACAAGGAGCUCAAGUUGCUGGCCUCUUGAAAUUCAUAGUGGAAGCUGAUGGUGACAGUAUAGAAAUUUACGAACAAAAGAAGGCGAUACUAUCUAUGGAGUUGAAAUGUACGGAUCAAGACCUAUUGGAAGGUCUAAUGGAUGAAUUGAAAAAAAUUAAGCUGUAG